GGCAAACAACGGGAUCUAUGGGUGGACUCGCUUGUGAAUCUGAACGUUGCAGGAAACACAGUUUACUGUCUGCAUCAUUUACUCCCAUCUGCGCGCGCCUGCUGAUUUUAACUCCACCUGAAGACUGAGGAGUUCGGACAGAGUUUGGAGCGCUUCUUAGUCAACUCCUAUUACAGUCUGGUUGCAGAACGGAAGGCUUUUAAAAAACCAAAAACCAGCACCGGUUGUUUUGUGUGGAGCCAGAUCGCGACAUGGAAACAUCCAGCGGCUCUGUGGCAGAAAGGAAGCCGGCGUCUGCGUGUUUCACCAAGUCCGCGGCGCAGCGCUGGCUGCCCGGGUUCCCCAUCGCUCUGUGCCUGCUGAUGUCCAUAAGCUCCAUCACCGUGUGUCUUCUGAUGAGCUUCAAGACCUACCAGCUGGAGAACCGGCUGCAGAUGCAGAUGGAAAAGGCGUCCAUCUUCCAACCUUUACGCAGGUCUUUUCAAAACGAGGAUGGGAGCCUUGUUUCAGAUCUGGCUGCUCCUAUAGCGGAUCUUGUAGAAGAGAAAGUUAAGACUCUGAUGCCAAAACUGCGGACAGCUAGAGAUGCUCCAGAGUGCGUCUGUCCUCCAGGGCCUCCGGGAAAACGUGGACGUAUGGGAAGAAGAGGAGAACCCGGUCCUCCUGGCAAGUCUGGACGGGACGGAUACCCGGGUCCGCUUGGCUUGGAUGGCAAACCAGGUUUGCCGGGGGCCAAAGGAAGCCAGGGACCAGCCGGACCCAAGGGAGAGAAGGGUGAUCAGGGAGACAUCGGGCCGAGGAUGGUCUAUCCUCGAUACGAUCACAGCUUCCUGUCUGGAGAGCAGUCCAGCAGCUUUCAGAAACGCAUUCUGAAGGGCGAUCAGGGCCAAGCUGGACCUGCCGGUCCUCCCGGUCCUCCUGGGCCCCCCGGCCCCCGUGGCCCCCCUGGGAACACUGGUAAAGAUGGGCCUCGAGGUCCCGCCGGAGAGCCGGGAUUUCCAGGUCGAGAUGGUGCUGAUGGGCUACAGGGACCGUCUGGGGAGCCGGGACAAGAUGGUGAUCCGGGUUUUCCAGGUUCACCGGGUCCAUCAGGCCCAAAGGGUGAAGCAGGUGAAAAAGGAGAAAGAGGCAUGGAUGGACAUGCUGGAAUGAAGGGUGACAAAGGAGAACAAGGACUGCAGGGACCCAUGGGUUAUCCCGGAGAAAAAGGCGCCCCUGGAUCCUCGGACAUCGUCGACUUUAAUGGGAAACUUUUAGAUGCCUUUCAGGCCAUCAAAUCCAUCAGUGUUUCGGGCCCACCUGGACCUCCAGGACCCCCAGGGCCCCCUGGAGAAAAGGGUGAGCUUGGCUUACCUGGACCAGCAGGAGUUGAUGGAGAAAAGGGACCCAAAGGUGACAGCGGGGAGAUAGGACCUCCUGGUGAAAGAGGGGAGAAAGGAGAGAUGGGUCUCUCUGGACCCGCUGGUAUGGACGGACACAAAGGGGAAAAGGGUGAAUGCAGGCUGGACGACAAUCUGGUUCAGAUGAUUUCUCAGCCGGGUCCUCCUGGCCCGCCCGGCCCUCCAGGGGCACAAGGAACCAUGGGCCUGCAUGGGAUGCCCGGACCUAAGGGGGAGCCAGGGGUGGGAAUCAAGGGAGACAAGGGAGACUCUGGUUCUCCUGGACUCACGGGACAUGACGGCCACCAGGGCCCACCAGGGGCACCGGGAUUAGUGGGUCUUCCAGGAGCGAAAGGAGAGAAAGGUCGACAAGGAGAGCCAGGACUAGAUGGCUUCCCAGGGCUGAUGGGAGAAAAAGGAGAUCGAGGAGAAAGAGGAGAGAAGGGUGACAGAGGAUCACCGGGGAGAAGAGGUCUGAAGGGUCAGAAGGGUGAACAGGGCCCCCCUGGUCUGGACCAGCCAUGUCCUGUGAACUGUGAUGAGGAUCUGUCUGUGAAGACAGAGGUUUCUUCUUCUGACUCUCCUGCUCUUCCAGCUUCGGGCCCUGAGCCCCCCUGUCCUGUGGGACUGGAUGGGUUACCAAUACCAGGCUGCUUGCAUAAGUGAUGACUAACCAGCUGCAUGGAAUCUGUACAUAUUGAUAUGGUAUAUUUUGCAACUGAAUACUACACCAGCAGCCUUACUCCCCAUUUUUUAAUCAAAUCCUUUUACAUAAUAUAUUGAAAUUUGAGAAAAAGGACUAUUUUUAUUUUUUUUUAUUUUUAUUUUUUUUAAUUGAGAUCCAGUUUUGUAAACGCAGCCACCAGCUGGCAGAGGGACUCUUAGCUUGAAGGACGGUCCAGAUGGCAGUGCUGGAGUAGAAGAGGGCCUCACUAACACAAACUGGCUUGGUGUAACCGUGAAUGGGACGUGUGGCAGUGUGUUGGCUCAUCCACCAGGACAUGGAUGUUCGAACGGAUAGACUUUUUUUUUUUUUUAGCCAGAUGGAGGUGUGUGUUGUCAGCACUCUCUUGUCCUCUCUCUUUGUUUUCCCAAAAGGAGGAAAUGGCGAGGCAGAAGCUCAAACGCAAGCGUCUCUCCCAGCCCUGAGAGGGGGCGGGGCCUGUUGGAGAAAGGCAGAAAGCGUUGGAGGGUAGAUUGGCUUUUCUGAAGCGAGGGGCCGGCUUGUCACGCCUCUGCGUCACAUUACGAAUGCUCACAUCCUCCGUUAUGGAGUCUCUCCUGGAGGGGACAACCGAACUCUGCCUUUCUACAAACGGAGAUGAUAUUCCGCAGUUGCUUCACAGCCAGGUUUUUGGGAUUCACAGACGUCCCUGGCACAUAAGGAAGGAAUUACCUGUGUGGAUAUAAUGGACAUGAGGUCGUGACAUCUUGUAUGAAUCUGUUGUAAAAUAUAUGACUGCAUGAUCAUAGCAAGACUUGUGUUUAGCAUUUUAUCCCGAAAUGAAGUUUUAAACCAAUUUUCUGUAUAAACAAGUCUUUAACAUGGCUCACAUUUGCCUUACACUUUAUCUUGAUGUACUGUUUCCUGUUGUUUUUUUAUGCAUUCCUGUGCAUUUUCUAAUACAUAUAGUAAAACAUGAAGGCCAGAUUUGAAGGAACCAUGAACAGUAUUUGUGUGAAUCUGUGUUGCCAUGGAAACCAGAUGUGUAAUUGUUACAAUGUACCUGCAGAGGAAGUUUUUUGGGGGUUUUCGGGCAACAGAUGUAUUUGCUGCUUAAACAAAUGUGUUUUUUUUUUGCUUUUUAAUGUAUUUUCUUAUGAGUUUUACCCAGGGAGUGAAGGACUAACAGGCUGAAGUUUGAUGUUUAAACCAAAAAUGCAUGCAAGACUGUUCAUUUCAAUCAAGCAAUACACCUCUGACAUAUCUGUCAUUUUACUUUGGUUUGGGUGAUUCUUUGAGCUCCUUACAGUCUUUUCUCGUGGGUAGAAUGUCUUGUUGUGGUCAUUUUAAAUACAGACCACUCAGAUGGGUGCUUAAAGACACGCACAAUCACAGAACAUACUUUCAGAGACAACAAAACUGAAGGAAAGUUACUUCUUUUGUUUGAUUUUGCUUCCUAGUGUUUUUAAAUGCAAUUAUUUUUAUCAUAGGAGUAACUCACCAAAGUAUGACAUGUGUACCAAACAUGCAUGUGACAGUUCUACUGUGUUCAUUCAUAUUUUUGCAUAAACCAGUUAUCUUGAACAUAUCUGCCAUGUUUUGGCUGACAGAUACAUGUCAUUGACUUUUUUAAUCAUUUAAAUGCACAAACGGAACUGAGGAUGCAUACAGUAAAUUCAAACAGACAGCGAUGCAAUAAUAAUAUAUAUUUUUGUGUUUUAUAAGAGCUGACAUUUUUCAAAUCAGUGCAACUGAUUGCUUCUUGACGUGGAUGAAAUGUCAAAUGUUUUCAUUAAAGCAAAUUUGCAAACUUAAAAUGACAGCAUUCAUGCAUCUGGAAAUUAAUUUUCAAUUUCAAGGAUGAAACUCAAGCUUUCAAUUUCAGUAUUUUCAUGACUUGCAUCCUGCAGUCCAUUCUCUGUGUAUAAAAUAAUGAAGAUAACUUCCCCCAUGUGGGAUCAAUAAAGUUGUAUUCUUUUCUAAAAUGCAUUUCAUGUAUGCUGUAAGUCAGUUUCAAAAUAUGAUGAUGUUGCAUGUUUAACAUAAGCUGCAGUCUUUAAACCAAGAUAAGCAUUUGUUAAGAACCGUUAAGUGUUGUUGCUGAAUGAGGUAUUGCAUCUCAAGACUAAGAGGUUCAACAAGUGUUGGCAUUAUUUCAGUGCGAGCUGAUGGUUAUCUGUGACACAACAUUACAGUGUUUUGAUUUCUUUUGCAGAUUCUAUCAGUGCCAUUUUGUAUUGCUUCAUUCAGUGAGCUCAUGACAAGUUAUAGUUUGAUAUUUAGAAAAUCUUAUAGCACAGUGUUAGCUUGAUUUUGUUAGAAUGUGUUUGGAUUUUUAUUGGGGGGUGAGUGGGGGGAGGUUUUGAGGUUGUAAAUUGAAGAUUGAAGCUAUUUUUGUAAUUACUUUAUAAAGUAACAUGAAAUCUGGUCAAUCAAAGUUGUAGAAAGAAAUAAACGCUCUACUUUUAUGA